CUUUAGCCAACGGACGACGGGUUCGGGCUCCGAAGACGAAAUUUUCAAACGAAUUUUUCUUUCCAACAUUUUCUGAUUGUCUUUUUGGGAAAAAUAUCUUCUUGUUUUGCGCGCGUAUGUGUGUGAGUGAGUGAGUGUGUGUGCGUGGAGUUUAUGGCAUGUGUGUGUAUGUGAGAGCCUACUCCUACUCCCUUUCUUAAGUUUAUAAAAAGAAAAAUAUAAGAAAAAAAUAGAAGGAAAAACGUAGAAAAGUGUUUUCGUGCUGCAACCACGAGCAAGACCCAAGACCAAGAAGACCUGCAGUGUUUGCUUGUUUUUAUGUAUAACAGAAAAUGUUUUUUUUUGUUUUGGAAUAACUCACAAAGGGAAUAGUCGCUGAACUGCAAGCAAUCUGGUUUCUGUGUGGUGUGUGUGUGUGUGUAUAGCAAAGGGCACUAACUAUGAAAGGAUAAACUAAACAAGAGAGAGAGCGAGAGAGAGAGAAAGGAAAGGAGACGGAACCAGUAAGAUAGCUACUUCAACCCCAUCACGUGGAAAGGAAAUCAAACGAGAGCAAGAGAAAGAGAAAACAAAAACGAAACAUUUGCGCUGAUUACACAGUGAAAAAAUACAACCGGAAGUCCCUAGUGGAACACGACCCCAACAACAACAAACAACAUCCCAGAGAACCGGAGCAAUGUUGGAGCUGCUGCGGCCUCAACGCAGUGGCCUUAUCGCCAUUUUCUUUGUGCUCGUCGUCGCCGUGCUGAGUAGCCAAUUGGAGGCACAAAGAUUACCACCCCAGCACGGCCGACACGAUCGUCCGCGUAAUCCGCCCCGUCAAUAUGUCAAGACACAUCCAUGUGAACGAUCCUCAUGUUAUCCGGCUACGGGUAAUUUACUAAUCGGUCGUGAGAAUCGUUUAACAGCCAGUUCCACCUGUGGUCUCUAUUCACCGGAGAGAUUCUGCAUCUUGUCACAUUUACAGGAUAAGAAAUGCUUCCUUUGCGAUACCCGCGAAGAGACACGCACAGAUCCGUAUAAGAAUCAUCGUAUUGGUCAGAUUAUAUAUAAAACCAAGCCGGGAACAAAUAUUCCAACCUGGUGGCAAUCGGAGAAUGGUAAAGAGAAUGCAACCAUUCAAUUGGAUUUGGAAGCUGAAUUUCAUUUUACCCAUUUGAUCAUCACAUUUACAACAUUUCGACCCGCUGCCAUGUAUAUAGAGAGAUCAUUUGAUUUUGGAGCCACAUGGCAUGUGUAUCGUUAUUUUGCCUAUGAUUGUGAGGACUCGUUUCCGGGUGUACCGACGGCACUGCACAAUAUCACGGAUGUUGUAUGCACCUCGCGCUAUUCGAACGUGGAGCCAUCGCGCAAUGGUGAAGUGAUAUUCCGUGUUUUGCCGCCCAAUAUCAAUGUGACGAAUCCCUAUGCUGAUCAUGUACAAAAUCAAUUGAAAAUGACAAAUUUGAGAAUUCAGAUGACUAAACUGCAUAAAUUGGGUGACAAUCUGCUAGACAAUCGUCUCGAGAAUGAGGAGAAAUACUACUAUGGCAUCUCCAAUAUGGUUGUACGUGGUUCCUGUUCCUGUUAUGGUCAUGCCUCACAAUGUUUGCCCCUGGAUGAUGCGAUCACCAAUGAUUUCGAUAUGGUGCAUGGACGUUGCGAGUGCACACACAACACAAAGGGUCUGAACUGUGAGUCCUGUGAGGAUUUCUUCAAUGAUCUGCCCUGGAAGCCGGCGUUUGGUAAACAGACAAAUGCUUGCAAGAAAUGCGAGUGUAACGAUCAUGCGGUUAGUUGUCACUUUGAUGAGGCUGUGUUCACCGCAUCGGGACAUGUGUCGGGCGGAGUUUGCGACAAUUGUAUGCAUAAUACCCAGGGUCAGCAUUGCGAGGAAUGCAUGCCCUUCUUCUAUCGCGAUCCAGUGGAAGAUCUUCGCUCCCCGUACGUAUGCAAGCCAUGCGAUUGUGAUCCCAAUGGAGCCCUGGAUGAUGGCAUCUGUGAUUCGGUGAACGAUCCCGAGAAUGGAGCCAUUGCUGGUGCCUGUCACUGUAAGCCCAAUGUAAAGGGACGUCGCUGUGAUGUCUGCAAAGAUGGCUUUUGGAAUCUCCAGACCGAUAAUCCCGAGGGUUGUGAAUCCUGCACCUGCAAUAUACUGGGAACUAUUGAUAACUCUGGCUGCAAUAUGUAUAAUGGAGAAUGCACAUGCAAACGUUUGGUCACCGGCAAGGAUUGUAAUCAAUGUCAACCGGAAACCUAUGGAUUGUCCGAAUCGGAAGAUGGUUGCACCAUGUGUAAUUGUGAUGCUGGCGGUUCGUAUGAUAACUAUUGUGAUGUCAUCACUGGACAAUGUCGUUGCCGUCCACAUAUGACGGGUCUGAAUUGUUCGUUGCCACUGCAGAACUAUUUCAUACCUGAUCUGGUUGUUGUUCAUGAGGCAGAGGUCUCUGAUAUUUGCAUCACAUAUGGCAACAAUGGCAAUUGCAGCAGUGUACCUCAAGCUCCCAGUCCGGAUGACACACGUCCGCCAGAGUUCACGGGCACGGGCAUGAAACGUCUGCCAGAGAACACCGAAUUGACAAUCGUUGUCGAUGAUAUACCCAGAAGUAUGCCCUACGAUGUUGUGGUACGUUAUCAGCCAACAGCACGGGGUGAUUGGGAGGAUGCAUACAUAACCCUUGUACGUCCCGAUGAAAUUGAUCCGGAGGGCGAAUGUGCUGGCCUGGUGGCAGCUUAUGGAACCGAAACGAAAAUACCAUUCAGUCUACCCGAUCGUGAUCGUCAGGUGGUGGCCCUACACGAUGUUUGCCUGGAGACUGGCAAGAUCUAUAAGUUUAAAAUCUUCUUCGAGCGUCGUGUACACAAUGAGGAUAAUCCGGCGGCCACAAUUUUGGUCGAUUCAUUGACUUUGAUACCCCGUAUAGAGGUAACCCCAAUAUUCAGUGGCUCACCCAUUGCCGAUCUGCGUCUACGUGACUAUAUCAACAACAAUUGCAAUCAAUCGCUGUAUGAUAUGCGUUAUGCCGGAUUUGCAAGUCCCAAGUGCAAGAGUCUCGAGAAUUCGGUGAGCAAAUAUAUCUACGAUGGCGCCCGCAUGUGCAGCUGUAAUCCCACCGGAUCGUUGAGCAAAAAUUGUGAGUCCAAUGGCGGCAUCUGUCAAUGUAAGCCCCAUGUCGUGGGUCGGCAGUGCGAUCAGUGUGCCCCGGGCACAUAUGGCUUCGGUCCUGAGGGUUGCAAGGCUUGCGAUUGUAAUUCCAUUGGCUCCAAGGACAACAAUUGUGAUCUACUGACUGGUCAGUGUGCCUGUCAUCCGAACACUUAUGGCCGGGAAUGUAACCAAUGCCAGCCUGGAUAUUGGAACUUCCCCAAUUGUCAGGUCUGCGAGUGUAAUGGUCAUGCGGCCCAGUGUGAUCCGGUGACGGGUCAAUGUAUUCAAUGCCAGGAUUCAACGGCGGGAUAUGCUUGCGACACGUGUCUAGAUGGCUAUUACGGUGAUCCCUUGCUGGGUAGUGUGAUUGGUUGUCGUCCCUGCCGUUGCCCUGACACCGUUGCAAGUGGUUUGGCCCAUGCUGAUGGCUGUUCCCUGGAUACGCGCGACAAUAACAUGCUCUGCCAUUGUCAGGAGGGCUACGCAGGUUCACGCUGUGAGAUCUGUGCCGAUAAUUUCUACGGCCAACCUGAGAAUGGAGGCACUUGUUCCAAGUGUGAGUGCAGCAAUAAUAUCGAUCCCUAUGAUACGGGCAAUUGUGACCGACAGACGGGAGCUUGUUUGAAAUGUUUAUACCAGACAACUGGCGAUCAUUGCGAACUGUGCCGGGAUGGGUUCUUUGGUGAUGCCUUGCAGCAGAAUUGCCAGCAAUGUGAAUGCGAUUUCCUGGGCACCAAUAAUACUCUGGCUCAUUGUGAUCGUCACACAGGGCAAUGUCCAUGCCUACCUAAUGUCCAGGGCUUGAGAUGUGAUCAGUGCGAAGUGAAUCAUUGGAAGAUUGCCUCGGGUGAGGGUUGCGAACUGUGCAACUGUGAUCCCAUUGGUGCAGUCCAGGAGCAAUGUAAUCCCUACACGGGCCAAUGUGAAUGCAAGCAAGGAUUUGGCGGACGGGCGUGUAACCAGUGUCAGGCCCACUAUUGGGGCAAUCCCAACGAGAAGUGUCAACCCUGUGAAUGCGAUCCGUUUGGCUCAGCCGACUAUCAGUGCGAUCGUGAAACAGGAAAAUGCCAGUGCCAUGAAGGUAUCGGCGGUUACAAGUGCAAUGAGUGUGCCCGCGGCUAUUUGGGUCAAUUCCCACACUGUGCUCCUUGUGGCGAAUGUUUCAACAAUUGGGAUUUGAUACUGAAUGCUCUGGAAGACGCCACCCAAGCGACCAUUCAGCGUGCUCGAGAGAUCAAACAGGUGGGAGCCACUGGUGCCUACACCGCAGAGUUCAGUGAACUGGAUAAGAAGUUGCAGCACAUUAAGACCCUAUUGCAAAAUACCACCGUCAGUCUGGUGGAUAUCGAUCGUUUGGAUGGCGAGGCCAAUGCACUGAAACAACAAUUGAUUGCAUCACAUCAGCGUCUUAGUGAAACGGAGAAUGAUCUUGAUGAAAUAUACAAUUCAUUGAGUUUGUCCGCCGUGGAGCUGGAAGGUCUUCAGAAUCAUUCACGUCAAGUACAAGAGCUCUCCAAGGAACUCAAGGAGAAUGGCAUUGAGCUGCAGGAGUCCAACAUUGAGGGAGCCCUAAAUCUCACCCGACAUGCAUACGAGCGUGUCAAUAAUCUUUCAGCUCUCAAGGACGAGGCAAGGGAGUUGGCCUCCAACACCGAUCGCAAUUGCAAGCGUGUGGAGACUCUGUCGAACAAGAUUAAGGGUGAAAGCGAUGCCAUAGCAGCAAAUGAUCAAACAAUAGCCGAGUAUAGAAAUGAACUGAGCUCUCUGACCUCACAAAUUCCAGAGCUCAACAAUCAGGUAUGUGGCAAACCAGGCGAUCCAUGUGACAACCUUUGCGGCGGCGCCGGAUGCGGCAAAUGCGGUGGUUUCCUCUCCUGUGAGCAUGGAGCACGUGCCCACUCCGAGGAGGCUCUGAAAGUGGCUAAGGAUACCGAGGAGGCCAUUGUCAAGAAGAAGGAUCAAGCCGAUCAGACCAUACGAGCCCUCACUCAGGCCAAAUUGAAUGCCUCCCAAGCUUAUGAGAAGGCCAAACAAGGUUUCGAACUUGCUGAACGUUAUUUGAAUCAAACUGAUGCCAAUAUCAAGACGGCCGCCAAACUAAUUAAUGCUGUAAGAGAUUUCCAGGAGAAUACAACAGCCUCACCAGCGGAGAGCAAACAAUUGGCCCAGGACACUUUGGCCCUUGACCUAACACUCGAUCCUAAGGAAAUCGAAUCGCUGGGCGUUAAAAUCAACGAUGCUGUUGCCUCUCUCAAGAAUGUUGAGUCCAUCAUCUAUAGAACCCGCCCCGAUCUUGAUCGUGUCAACCAACUCCAGACCAUUGCCAAUCAGACCAAGGAGACAGCGAAUAAAAUUCUAGAGACAGCAAACUCUGUGGUCGAGAAUCUAUCCGCUGCCGAUGAUUCGCAGUCCAAGGCCCAGGAGGCCAUUCAACAGGCCAAUAGUAACAUUGAAUUGGCUGCCAAGGAUCUGGAGAAAAUUGACGAAGAGACCACAGCUGCGGAAUCGCCAGCCAACGUCACAGCCAAACAGGUCGAUGAUCUGGCCAAAAAAGUGCAACGUUUGCAAAAGAAUAUACUUAAGAACGAGCUGGAUGCCAAGGAGAUAACCAAAGAGGCAAAUCGUGUCAAAGCCGAGGCACAACGAGCCCACGGCGAAGCAAAUAAUCUUCAAUCAUCGACAAGUGCCACCAAUCAGACACUAACCGAUCGGGCCAUACGCUCCGAGAAGGCACGUGAACGGGCCAAGUUGCUGUUGCAACGUGCCUCCAAAUUGACCGUCGAUACCAAUGAAAAGUGGAAGGAGCUGAAUCAACUGCAGGAUAACUAUGAGGAGAGGAAUCUCAAAUUGGCCAAACUGCAGGAGAACAUUCAGCCGCUUACGGAUGAAGUGACACAGUAUCUGCGCCGCAUUCAAGAAGAUGCCGAACGCUAUAAAGUGUGCACACUGUAAACGAAUAAAGUGCCUCGAUUCAAAAUUGCCAUAUUCAUGAACAAAAUGGAAUAAAAAGCAUAUAGAAAUUGCAAUAAUACACAACAACAGCAAAAGAAACAAAAAAAAAAACCAUCAGGCAAAGCAAAAAGUUAUUAUUUAAAAUCAUGUUAAGUUACGUUUUUUUCUACUCUAAGACAACAAACACUGCAAUGUUAAUUUAAAAAAAAAAAAACUUUAACAAAAAUCAUGCCAUUUUUUAAGAACACUUUUUUAUCCUAUACACACUCACUACUAUACCUACAACAAAAACUACAAUACAAUAAAUGUAAUUAAAUAAAAUACUUAAAUGUUUAAA